UAGAAGCGGGGCACUAUGGCCAGUUUGGUUCUGAAGAACCGCCGGGCGACCCUGGAAAGAGCCGAGAAAUUCGUCUCCGCCGAAUAUUUCACCGACAUUAACCUGCGGGGCCGGCUGUUUGGUGCUUGCUGUCCCGUUGAAUCACUUUCCUACUUUCUGGCACCCUCCCGCAUCCUGUAUGAGAAAGCUGUGACACGAGAAUUCAUUCCUGCUAAGGUUGGAGAUUCCUUUGGACCAACAUGGUGGACGGCCUGGUUCAGGGUAAUACUGACCAUUCCAAAGGCUUGGAAAGGUGAGGAAGUGCACUUUGUGUGGGAGAGCGAUGGAGAAGCGAUGGUGUGGAGAAAUGGCAUUCCAGUACAGGGACUGACCAAAGAAGGGGAGAAGAUCAGCUAUGUCCUGACAGAGAAGCUCACAGAUGAAGAACCUCACAGCUUGGAGCUGUAUGUGGAACUGGCAUGCAAUGGAUUAUUUGGAGCAGGGAAGGGCUCGAUGAUUUCAGCCCCGGAUCCGAACCGCAACUUCACUCUCUACAAAGCUGAGCUGGUUGUUUUCAACAGAGACGUUCAUGAGCUGCUGAUUGACUUCGAGAUCCUCUCUGACAUUGCAAAGCACCUCAACAUUGAAAAUCAGCGUAGCUAUCAAGCAAUGUACACUGCCAAUAAGAUGGUGAAUGCCUGUGAUGUGGAAGACAGGAGCACGUUUGCAGAAGUUCACAGAUUGGCUAGCGAUUUUCUUCAGCAAGAGAAUGGCAAGAGUCAGCAUACAGUGCAUGCAAUGGGACAUUGCCACAUUGAUACAGCUUGGUUGUGGCCUUAUGAGGAGACUAUUCGAAAAUGUGCUCGGAGCUGGGUAUCUACACUUCGCCUCAUGGAGAAAAACCCAAACUUUAUCUUUACUUGCUCACAGGCACAGCAGUUGGAGUGGGUAAAGAACUGUUAUCCAGACUUAUACACACAAAUCAAGGAGUUUGCUGAGAAGGGACAGUUCGUCAUGGUGGGAGGUACCUGGGUGGAAAUGGAUGGAAAUCUCCCUUCUGGUGAAUCCAUGGUGCGACAGUUCCUUCAGGGUCAAAGGUUCUUCCAGCAAGAGUUUGGGAAGCAUUGCUGUGAGUUCUGGUUGCCAGAUACAUUUGGGUACUCUGCACAGCUGCCACAGAUUAUGCAGGGAUGCGGUAUCACACGCUUUCUCACUCAAAAGCUCAGUUGGAACCUGGUGAAUGAAUUCCCGCACAACACGUUCUUAUGGGAAGGAAUUGAUGGCUCCAGGGUCCUGACCCACUUUCCACCUGGUAACUCCUAUGCAAUGAAAUGUCAGGUAGAGGAUCUGCUGAGUACAGUGAAAAAUAAUAAGGACAAAGGUCGUGUCAAUGACAGUGCCUUACUAUUUGGGUUUGGAGAUGGGGGCGGUGGACCCACACAGGACAUGUUGGAUCGACUACAGAGAGUUGAGAACACAGAUGGGCUUCCCAGGGUGAAACAAUCCAGCCCAGAAACCUUCUUCUCAAUUCUGGAAGCUGAUACCACCAUGCUUUGUACCUGGGUUGGUGAACUGUUUUUGGAACUACACAAUGGCUCCUAUACUUCACAGGCAAAGAUUAAGAAAAGCAAUCGUAAAUGCGAAUGUAUCCUUCGCAGUGUUGAAGUUGUGAGCAGUCUGGCAUCUGUACAGAAGGACACCUUUGAAUAUCCAAGUUGUCAACUGCAGCAUCUCUGGAGACUGUUGCUCCUCAAUCAGUUCCAUGAUGUGCUGCCUGGUACAUGUAUACAGUCUGUUGUGGAAGACGCGAUAAAGUUCUAUGAAGAAAUCCAGAGCAAUGGGAAUGAACUUCUGAAAGAGGCAAUACAGUGUCUCCUGGGAGGAUCUGUGCAGGAAACUGGGAAGAACAUCAAUGUGCUCAACACCCUGUCAUGGGAACGGACUGAGGUUGUCUCAAUGCCUCGACUGGAAGGAGACGAAGUCCUGGCUCUGGUAAAGGUUCCCAGUGUUGGGUUUGCCACAGUGACCAACCCCUUGCUCCCGCCUCAUCCAGUUAUUGUCACUUCUCAGGGAGAUGGCUCUGUACUUAUGGAGAAUGGAAUUCUCAAAGUCGCAUUUGAUUCAUUGGGUCGUAUAACAUCACUUUCUCAUUUACUUUACAAAAGGGAGACUAUUCCCGAUGGCUGCUAUGGGAACCAGUUUGUGUUGUUUGAUGAUGUUCCUUUAUACUGGGAUGCAUGGGAUGUCAUGGAUUAUCACUUAGAAACAAGGAAACCUGUGUCACAGGUUGUGAACCCUCUGGAGAUAGUGUGCCCUGGUCCAGUCAGGGGAAGUGUAAGAUACUCUAUCCGUAUCAGUGACACCAGCAAGAUCCGCCAAGAGAUCAUACUGGAUGCGUGCUGUCCUUAUAUUAAAUUCAAAACAGAGGUGGAAUGGCAUGAAGCACACAAGUUUCUGAAGGUGGAGUUUCCCACUACAGUGCACAGCCCUAAUGCUACAUAUGAAAUUCAGUUUGGACACCUUCAGCGACCAACGCACAGGAACACUUCAUGGGAUUGGGCACGCUUUGAGGUCUGGGGGCACAAGUGGGCUGAUCUGUCGGAGCAUGGCUUUGGUGUAGCAUUACUCAAUGAUUGCAAGUAUGGAUACUCAGUGCAUCGCAACAUAAUGACACUAUCCCUCUUGCGAGCUCCAAAAGCACCAGAUGCCACAGCUGAUAUGGGCCAUCAUCAGUUCACUUAUGCUAUCAUGCCCCAUGCAGGUUCUUUCCAAGAGGCCAAUGUGAUUCAGUUUGCUUACAACAUUAACUGCCCAUUACAUAUUGUGCCUGCUGAACCCAGUGUCAGUGCUUCCAGUUCCUGGAGUGCUUUCUCGGUCCAGUCUCCUGCUGUCAUUCUGGAAACUAUUAAACAGGCAGAAGACAGAAAAAAUACUUUGGUAAUUCGGCUAUAUGAGUCGCAUGGCAGCACCGUGGUCACAUGGUUGCAUACUUCACUGCCUGUUAAACAAGCAGUCUGGUGUGAUCUUCUGGAACAGCCCAUCACAACCAAACCCCUCGCCAUCAUUGACAGUCAGAUCCAGCUUUCCUUCACUCCGUUCCAGAUCCGUUCACUACUGUUCACUUUCUGAGCUAUCAUUGUAGAAUGUGGGACUCAUACAUGGCUUCUAUUAAUAAGUUUCUUUUUAAAUUAUCAUUGAAAUAGUUUCUAAAUACAACAGAAUCAAGCAUACUGUAGUAAAUGAAGAGCAUUAUUUAAUGAAAUUACCAAUGCAAAACACUAGUGUUAUUAUCUGCAAGACAGGUACGUCUUGAUCAUUCCUUACAGUGGUAGAGUGUAAUUUGCUAGUUUUCACAUAUGACUAAGUAGACUGUUAAGAUCUCAGCAACAACAGCUAGUAUUAUACAGCAUUCUUAACAUAGUAAAUCGGCUAAAGCUGCUUCUGAUCUGGAGGUGAUGGUGUUGAACUGGAGUGGACAAGUCCAAUAGAUUUAUUGGAAAUCACAAGCUCUUGGAGUAUUGCCCCUUUGGCAGUUGAAGCUGCUGCUGCUGUCAUCAGUCAAUAACUAGUGAGAAACUCAGAAGGGUGAACAAAACCUUGUUUGAAGCCUACCUCAGAACAGCACAUGAAGAGAAAAAUUUAGGAAGGGAAUGAUAGAGGUUAGGCUCUGAAUGGCUGAAGGCAGUGGCCACAGGUCGAAGGCAAAGGGCAUCGGACUUAAAGGACCAGAGUGGGUUAAGCACAGAGAUUCUGGAGGAUUGUAGAAGGUUACAGGGACAGGGAGGCAUUUUAACAGCAAAAUGAAGUUAAAAUCUAGGCUUCUGAUAAUGUAGGUCUGUACGUAGGGGAGUGAAAAAUGAUUGGAAGUGAUACGGGAAGCUAAAUUUUACAGACGGUAUAAAAUACAAGGCUGGCUAGGGGAAUGUUGCAAGAGUCCAGUCUAUACUUAACAAAUCAGUAUGAGGAUUUCAGCAGCAGUCAGGCUGAGAUAGAGAUGGGCGAUAAGGCACAACAGAAGAGUUGUGGAUUAUUUUGGCUGCAGACCACCUCUCACUGGCCAGAGCAAAUACAUGGGAAGUAUUUUCCUUUAGAAAACAUUUGUACACAGCUGGAGACUUUCCUCCAGUUUAUUAAAACUUACAUAUGGCAAACUGUUUUCUUACUUAAAGAGUCAGUAAACACAAAUCCUAUUGAGAAUGAUUAGUAGAAUAAAAUGAUUUUUGCAAUUAUACAAAAUGACUGUGUAAGCACAGUCUUGAUUUUUAGCAAGGUGCAUAGAGAAUAAUGCAUCAGCAACCCCCACUCAAACAGAAGUUUGAGGCACUUAAUCUGGGAGAGGGUAGAAAUUUGUAAUUUGCACUGGAUUCUCAAACACGCUUUGCAACACAUCAGGGUGCACUAAUCAAAUAUUUUCCCUCAUUUAUAGAGAAGUAAGUCAUUUUAGCCUCCUGUUUGGAAACAUACAGUCACAACCUGUUCACACAAGCUGGAGGAAUAUCAGAAGAUAACUCAACAGAACAAUAAAAAUAUGGAAGAAAACAGACGUUUUCAGAAAAGCCCAACAUUUUGCAUGGAACAGACUUGUAUCAUUGAGAUUAAUCAGCUCAGCCCCAAUCACUGACAGUUUGCUGGAAGUAACUGGUUAUUAAGCUUGGUGGUGAAUUACAUGAGGGAAAAGGCUUCUCUACUCCAGGUCUGGAUGAGGGGAACUACAUUAACUGCUGGUACAUUUCCCUUAUUUACAUUUAGCUUGUGUAGUCAGUGCUGCAACCAGCUAGCGAUAUGGAAAUCAAUCCAGGACAACAAGUUUUGACACAACAGAUGCUGUGCCUAUCACUUGAGAAAUGGAAAAUGCUGGUGUGACUCCAGCUGCUCAAGGUCAGUCAAAUAAAAUCAAUGCACCAGAGGUUUAUAUCAUCGUGACAGGCAGCGAUAAGGUUAACAAAGGUCCUUUCCCUAGAGUGAGUGAAUUCAAAACUAUGGGGCAUAUUUUUAAGGUUAGAGGAGAAAGAUUUAAAAAAGGAACCUGAGAGGCAACAUUGUCACACAGUGAUUCACAUGUGGAACAGUUACAACAUUUCAAAGCUAUUUGGCCAGGUACAUGAAUAGGAAAGGCUUAGGAGGGAUAUGGGUCAAACACACUAGUUAUUUGAGAAACCUCGUCAGUGCAGAUGAAUUGGACCCAAGGGUCUGUUUUUGUGCUAAAUGACUCUUUGGUCCCCUUACUGACAUUUCUUUCCUUAAGCAAUAUGUUGGUUUGACUGGGGUUUUACAAACCAGUUAUUAUUUAUGCUCAGUUGGAGAGAUGACAAACCACUCCAUGCAGCCUGCAUGUUAGUGGUGAACAGUGCAAUGUUGUGUAACAUUGGAUGGUGCCCAUUGUGGUGACAGUAUAGUCAUUUCCAUUUCAUUGCAGUAACCCCUACAAAGAAAACAGGCCGAGAUCUGUACAGACCACUAAGCUGUGAGGGGUCCAAGUUCCAUCAAGGCAGUUCCAAGUCACAUUUUAAAUAAAAGUCAAAGUAUAAUGUAAAAUAAUAUUUAUCCUGAGAGGAGAAUAAAAUGCAUCUGGCAGCUAAUGUGGCCAGUCCUUUAAGCCCCAGAUUUAGACAAGUACACACAAGCACAUAGAAUUAAUGGUGACAUGACGUUUAGUUUCACUUGAUAUUCAUUGAAGCAAACAGAAACACUCAUGUUAUUGACCCAGUUAAUUUGUGGUGUUAUGCUAUUAAAAUAUGGGUAAAAUGGUCAUUAACUUCUGACAAAAUCCAAAAGGAAAGGCACAUUUUUUGUAACGUACCAUUUCUUUAAGGUGAUGAAACAUAACAUCCUCUUUCACAAUACUUAUUGUAUGCUCCACUUAAUUGCCAUAAUUGAAAGCUCAGGAAACAACAGCAUUACAGAAAACUUCUGGUUGUCAGGAGUGUCCAAGUGCCUUGUGUAAUUAAUGAAGGAUGCCCCUAAACCACAGACAGUGAACAGGAGCGUAACAAGAACAGCCAAUUGUACAUCAGCUAGCAGAAUGGAUUCAAGUGAUGGGACAUGAAGCACAAAACUGUCCUAUUUAUAAAAGAUAUACACACAAAACAAUCCAGAAGGAGAUAUCUAAAAAGCUGCAAGGUUUAGAUUAGAGGAGUGUAAAUAGUAGGGGAGAAUAUACAAUAAAAGGCAAGCUUGCCAUAAAAUACUAGAGGUUAAAGAUGCACUCUAAUUAAUAACAAAUGCUUUAAGUUGACCAAAUUCCUCAACUAUAAACCAGUGUUACUCUGACAGCCAGCCUCUGCAAGUCUGUUCAGUGGGUAAAUGAUCAGUAAACUGUUGGAUUGAACUUGAGACCACAUUAUUCAGAAUUUUAUCAUGGGGUGUGGGGUUGCAGAUUUUUGUCAUCUCUGGCUAAUUGGGGCAGAUUUGCAGCACAGGAAUAGCCUGUUUAGCCCACCAGUUGUCUGCUUGUGUUUAUGGUGGACAGUAAGAGCCUUUUCCCUCAGAUGGUGAUGGCUAGCACGAGGGGACAUAGCUUUAAACUGAGGGGUGAUAGAUGUAGGACAGAAGUCAGAGGUAGGUUCUUUACUCAGUAGUAAGGAUGUGGAAUGCGCUGCCUGCAACAGUAGUAGACUCGCCAAGUUUAAGGGCAUUUAAAUAGUCAUUGGAUAAACAUAUGGAUGAUAAUGGAAUAGUGUCAGUUAGAUGGGCUUCAGAUUGGUUUCACAGGUCAGCACAACAUCGAGGGCCGAAGGGCCUGUACUUCGCUGUAAUGCUCUGUGCUCCAUACAGGUCCCCUUCUGUCAGAAUGGAACUGACAUGGGUCAAACAUAUGCUACACACACCAUUAAACGUGGGAUGAAUGUGGGAUCAGCCGUGAUCUGAAUGAAUGGUGGAGCAGGCUUAAACGGUCAAACAACCUAGUCCUGGUCCCAUAUCUUAUAAUUUUAUGGAAUAGACCAAAUGGGAAAGGAGAUGGGGUAGCUUUGUUAAUAAAGGAGUGGCAAGUGAAAAGUCACACUUGGAGGUUGUGUAUAGAUCCUUGUAGUUGACUCACUGCAUAGAGAACAGGAAAUCUUGGGUGAUUUAAUCUGCAUAUUGACUGGAUAAAUCAGAUGGGCAAGGGUAACCUGGAAGAUUAAUUUAUAAUGUAUACCAAAGAUUUUUUUUUCAAAAACAGUAGUACUUUUAGUACAGGCCAUUUUAGAUCUAGUAAAAUGUGAGCGAUAGGAUUUAAUUAAAAUUAGAUUCCCUACAGUGUAGAAACAGGCCCUUCGGCCCAAUAAGUCCACACCACCCCUUGCAGCAUCCCACCCAGACACAUCCCCCUAUAACCCAUGUACCCCUGAACACUACGGGCAAUUUAGCAUGGCUGAUCCACCCAGCCUGCACUUCUUUGGACUGUGGGAGGAAAACGGUGCACCCGGAAGAAACCCACGCAGACAGGGAGAAUGUGCAAACUCCGCACAGUCAGUUACCCGAGGCUGGAAUCGAACCUGGGUACCUGGCGCUGUGAGGCUGCAGUGCUAACCACUGAGCCACCGUGCCGCCCAAAGCGACGUCAAGUUAAAUAUGCACAGUUACAGACAUGUGAAGUAAGAGUUGCCUGAAGGCAACUCCGAAAUUAGACCAAGGGGGAGGUCAGUGGAAUAACAGUGGCAGAUGUUUCAGCAAAUGUUUCACGGUCAGCAAAAAUUGUCAAGAAGGAUGAGGGGGAUGAACCAUCUGUGGUUAACAAAAGGUGUUUAAGGAGAAUAAUCAAUUAAAAACAAAGGCAUACAAAGUGAUGGAAACUACUGGCAAGCCAGAGGAUUGGGAAUUUGUUAGGAACCAGCAGUGAAUGAUUAAAAUGGUGUUAAAGAGGGAGAAAUUGAUUACAAAAGUAAAUUGGCAGGAAAUGUAAAAAUAAACAGCAAAAUAAAUAGCUAAAAUGAGUGCUGGACCCUUGGAAGAUGUGACUGGGGAAUUGAUAGCAGGGGAAACAGGAAAACAGCAAAACAGCAGAUAAUUUAAACCAGUAUUUUGCAAUGGUAUGAAUGGCGGUAGACUCUCAAACACACCAAUGUGCUAAUGGGAGGAAACUUUUUGUUUCCAACUUUGUGCCUCUAACACAAAUGGCAAAGUAUUUAGAAAACUAGUGGGAUUAAAAACAGGCAAGUUGCCAGGACCUGAUGGCCUGCAUUCAAGGAAGUGGCUGCAGAAAUAUCGGAGGCAUUUGCUAAAGUAUUCUAGAACUCACUGGAUUCCAGGGAGUCUCCAGGCAAAUGGAAAACUGUUAAUAUGACGCUCCUGCUCAAGUGAAAUAACAGAAAAUUGUGCCAGUUGGCCUGUUUGUCAGAAGCAAGAUAGAUCAUUCUUAAACGUACCUUACCAUCCUAUAAAGAUUAGGGCUGAUUUGCCCAAGGCCUCAACUCCUCUUCCACAGCAGCUCCUCAUAACUCCCAACUCCCUGACGUUUCUCAGAUGUUAUGAUAUAACCCACAAAUCUCGGCAGUAAAGCACUCUAGACAUUCAUUACACUCCAUGAAAUUCUUCACCACUUCAGCUACAGCAUAAAAGAGACACUCAUUUAAAACUAUAUCACAAACAUUACCCACAAGAGUAGAAAAAUUUCAACAUCUAUCCUGUAAUCCCCCCUCAGAAUCUUGCAUGUUAUAACAAGAUCACUCUUCAUUCUCUUAAUGCUAAUGAAAAAAGGAUUCAUUUGUUUAGCCAUUGUGUCAAUUCAGUCCCUUCAUCCCAGGAAUGAACCACCUCCAAUACUGGUACAUCUUUUCUUAAAAGCAAAAACCAAACUUCCAUGCAACUCCUCCAACAUCUUGCACAAUUAUAAUAAAACAUCCCAAUUCUUGUUACAUAGACAAAACCAAACUCCCAUCAUCCCUCCAUGUUGUACUUUUUUGGAGUCUUUCCAUUUAAGUAAUGGUCUGCCUUUGAUGCUUCCUACUUCCCUAGAUUAAAAUCCAGCAUGUUUUUGUCUACUCACUCAACCUCUCCUUCUCUUUGCAGAUACCCGAUGUCCUCAUUGUAACAUGCCCUCCCUCCUAUUCUUGUCAUUAACCAAAUUUGGUCAGAUGUUACAGUCUAUUCUCUCUAACUUAUCAAUAUUGAUGAGUAGUAAAUAACCAAGUCUACUAUCCAUGCUGAUACAUAAAAGAUGUAAUAGCAGAGAAUUUGGAAAAUAGCAGCACAGUCAGCAUGGAUUUACGAAAAGAAAGUCAUGCUUGUUGAAUGUCAGCAGAAUUGAAUACAAGAGUAGUAAGGAUGUUCCGACUUGGACACAGUGCAAUGAAUAUUUACCAAGUUUGUCAGGACUAAAUACAACCUGGAUUAGUUAGGAAUGUAUUCACUGGAGUUUAGAAGAAUGAGGGGGGAAUCUCAGAAUCUAAAACAGGCCUAGACAGGGCAAACGCAGGAAGGAUAAUUCUGAAGACCAGGGUGUUCAGGACCAUGGUUCACUAUCUAAGGAUAUUGGAUAAGCCAUUUGAAUUAAGAGAAGAGAAAUUUCUUCACUUAGAAAGUGGUGCACCUGUGAAAUUCUCUGCUACAGAAAGCUGCCUAAACUGGUAAAAGUCCAAUGACACUCAAAAAUACGACGACACAUUGGGUAUCUCAAAGAUAGAUAAUUAACAGGAACUGUGGAAUUUCUUCACCUGAAGAUAUUUAAUCUAAAUGUACAGAUUACCUUGAAAAAUUUUGAAUAAAGUAGGAUCAAAAUUUUGAUUAGCUUUAAAAAUGAGCAAAAUCAGGAGUCUCAUCUGUACAAUUCUUCACAAGGUUUCAAGGGGAAAUACCGAGACUCAAAUGAACCAAAUCAAUGGGUCAAAUUUAUUUUCAGAACUUUUAAUCUUUGAGCCCAAAAUUCUUUUCACUCCAACGACUUACUCCUAUAUUUUUCAGCUACUCAGGAGUAAGACUUCUUAGGUUCACAUCAUCUUGCACUGUUAUACUAACAGCUUUUGAAUGACUUCCCAACUGAUGACAGAAGACUUACUGAGACACUAUAACCAUUACCAUUUUGUGUCAAGUAUAACAAAUGAUUGCAGCACUGUGAAGAAGCUGGUGCAUGGUACCACAAUGUGAGAACAAACAUGAUGUUAAAC